UUCUCCCACACAGCAUUCUGUUCCCUCUUAAUUUUAUUUUUUUACUGAAUUCCAAGCUCAUCUCAUCAACCCAAUCCUUCAAAAAUGGGCUUAAUCUCCUUCCCCACCAAUGUAUUCUGCCGCAGACCACUGUCGAUCUCUCCUCCAUUGCGAACCAAAUCAAGUUGUUCGUACAAUCCUUGGCUUAAUCUGAAGUCCAUUCUGAAGAGACAGCCUCAAAGAGCUCAAGUUUUCAAUGAUCCUCUUCUGUCAUUGUCGAACCAGGCUGUGGUUCAGAGGGGCUUGUCUUUAAGGCGCAAACGCUUACCGCCGGUAGUGUCGUGCAGUUCUGAAAGCACAGGGCCAAGGGAAGAAGAUAACAGAGCUCUGGAAGCAGUCCAGAAGCUUUACACUGCUAUUAAGAACAAAAAUGUGAAGGAAGUCUCAGAUGUAAUUGGAGAUGAAUGCCGAUGUUUCUGCAAUUUUAUCUCAGCGUCCCAACCCUUCCAUGGAAAGAAGCAAGCGUUGGAAUUUUUCGAUCAUCUGAUGAAAAUCUUGGGAGAUCAUGCUUCAAUCAAAUUUUCCUUUACAAUGCAUGAUGGGAUGGCCGUUGGAGUUACAUGGAGACUAGAAUGGAAAAACAAUCCGGUGCCUCUGGGAACUGGUUUCAGCUACUACGUGUGCCAAGAAUACCGAGGGAGGGUGGUGAUAAAGAACGUUAAUAUGCUUAUGGACCCGCUGAUUCACCUUGGACCCCUGAGGCUGAGAAUUGCGGGGAUAGUGACGCUCGUAAUGGACAAGUUUGGGCACUUAACCUUCGAGGGUAAGAGAAAGAAAGAUAUAUACAUGUUUCUCAUUCUCUCCUUCACCUUUGCCAUACUGUUCUUUCUAAUAACGGCUUCCCAUUAAGCCAUGGCAUAAGGUCCAGAGCAUAGUUCUCCCUCUUCCCUUCAAUAAAAUUCCUUUUGUAAUGGACAGUAAGCAUGAAAAUAUGAACUCCAAUGGAAAUUGCUGCUAUUU